GAUGAUAUUAGUAGUUUAUGUCAUGGUUGAUCGGUUUGUCUAAUGGUGUAAGUGACCUGUAGUCUGUGUGUACUACAAAUAGAUAAAAAUAUGCCUCUGAAAGCUGCUAAGGUGAAAGGGGCUGCACCUUUUCCAUCAGCAAGAAUUUCAUCAUUUGCCACUCAGCAAAAGACUGUCAAAAAUGGAAACCCACAACCUCUUUCAGCACCAUCUAAAACAAGAACCAAAGCAGUAUCAAAUAAUAAAAACCACAGGACAGCAACUUCAGAUCAAAUCAAAACUGUCACAUUAGAAAAAAAAGAGAAAGCAACAUAUGAUAAAGAAUUGGAAAUAAAGUUUGAUAAAAUGAUUGAAGGUGAUUUAUCAGAUCUACCACCAUUACCUCGUUCAGUUGUUAGAAUAUUUCUAAGUUCUACAUUUUCUGAUACAAAGGUGGAACGUAAUGUAUUAUCAAGAAAGGUUUACCCUAACUUACGAGAUUACUGUGCUGAUCUUGGAUUAGAUUUCCAGAUUGUUGAUUUACGAUGGGGUGUGGUUGAUGAUGCACAAAAUGAUCAUUCUGCUACCAAGAUAUGUCUACAAGAAAUAGAGAACUGUCAGCGGGUGUCGUUAGGGCCAAACUUUAUUGGAUUUGUCAGUCAUAGAUAUGGUGGACGACCAUUAGCAACAGAACUACAGAUAGAACAGUUUGAGACAAUAAAAGCUGAAGUAAAGACUCUAGGUUUAAAACAUGGUGAACUAUUAGAUAAAUGGUUUUGGAAAGAUGACAAUAAUCAACCACCAUUAUAUAUUUUACAGCCAGUUAGAAGACAUUUACCAUAUUUUGGUGAUUUAACAGAAGGUAAUGAAGAUUUACAGAAACAAGAUGCUAAAACUUGGUCCACAACACACAAACAAUUAAAUUGUCUACUACGAACAGCAGCAGAUUCUUUAUUUAAAAAGAAGAAAAUUACAGCAGAGGAAAAACAUUUUUAUUCUAAAUCAGUAACAGAAUGGGAAAUAGAAAAUGGUAUAUUGAAGAAUAAAGAAGCCAAUAAACAGACAUUAUUUUAUCAUAGAAAGUUGAUUGGAUUAGAGAAAGAUUUAGAUGAUGAUCUCAUACAGAAAUAUAUUGAAUGUAAUACAGAUAAUAAUAUGGUUGUGGUUAAUGAUGAAGUUCAGAGACUCCUGGAUUCCUUAGUUCAUGAUAAAGUUUGCAAAAACCUUGCUAAUACCAACAUAAAGUCAUACACAGUGCCGUGGAAAAAAGGAGGAAUAGACCCAGACAAAAACAAAGAACAUGACAAAUAUUUAACCAAUUUUUGCGAUGCUUUCACCUCUGAUGUCCUGGAAAUGAUUUCUAAAGCGAAACAUGAAAAUGAAACAAAAAUACGACAGAGGGAGUAUUACUCACGGUAUAAUGAAAUUCUGCAUCAUUUGAAAUUUUGUGUUACUAAGUGCGAGACUUUUUGUGGACAGGGUGAUAUUCUCAAAAAAGCAAAGACAUAUAUUUUGGAUGAAAAGAAUCGUCAGCCUUUGGUAAUAUAUGCUAAUUCUGGUGCUGGAAAGACUUCCCUCAUGGCCAUGAUUAAUAAAAGUUUGAAUCAAUGGGUAAAGGGGGAAUAUAUUGGAGUCAUUAGAUUUCUGGGCACUUCACCAGACACCAUCAAUAUUUAUGAUGUUUUAUUUAGUAUUUGUGGUCAAAUUGCAGACACAGAAGAAGUCAUCAUGGAACCUGUAGCGUAUAAAAAUAUAGCAUCCCUAAUUGCUUAUGUUCCACGCUUUCUAAGACGAAUGUCCUCCUUAGUGAAGAAGCCAAUCAUAAUUUUGUUAGACUCCAUUGAUCAACUGGCUGACAGUCAUAAUGUUUUUCUUAUGUCAUGGCUGCCAUUACAUCUUCCCCCAAACAUCAAAAUUAUUUUAUCUACUCUACCUCAAGAACACAAUAUUUUGAAGAACUUGAUAAAACUAUUUCCAGACAGUAGUAAUUUUGUUGAAGUGCCAAUCCUUCCUCCUGAAACGGGGAAAGAAAUCAUUGAAAAAUAUUUAAGCAAGAAAAAAAGAAAAAUCAGUAAGAAGCAAAUGGAUCUACUUUUAUCAAAAUUUCAAAUGUCCCCAACUCCAUUGUAUCUGAAACUCCAGUUGGAUGAUGCCUUGAAGUGGGCGUCAUACACAGAUGAAUCCAGUAUCAAUACAUCCACCACCGUAAGGGAAGCCAUCAAUUUACUUUUCGAUGAUCUUGAAAAAAGGUUUGGCCACGAGUUGGUCAAAUGUGCUCUGGGCUUUAUUACUGUAGGUUUUAAUGGUUUGUCAGAAAUUGAACUCGAAGAUGCCUUAUCAUGCAAUAAUGAUGUGCUAGACGAAAUUUAUCGCUACCAUGAUCCCCCCGUUCAAAACAUGAUCCGAAUCCCUCCAGUAUUGUGGGCUAGAAUCCGAUUUGAAAUUCAGGAAUAUUUGGUGGAAAGACUGUCUCAGGGAAAAACAACAGUCUUUUGGUAUCAUAGACAGUUCAUAGAAGCAGCUGCUCAUCGUUAUGUUUCGAAUGAUGACAUGUACUUACAUCACAAAAUUUUAUUUGAACUAUUUUCUUCUGAAGAAGGGGUUUAUAAAGACAUUUAUCUUAGUAGAAGAAAACUUUUGAUGAAAUCUGCUGACAGGCAAGUGACACCACAGCCGUUAAAUUCCAAAAAUGUGAGAAAACUGGAAUGUAUGCUUCACCAUGUUCAUCAUGGUCUCCAAUUUAUAUCUCUUGAUACGGCCAAACAGUCAGUUUUCUGUAAUCUAUUAUUUAUUCAUGCUUGUAUUAAUGCAUUUUCAGUUGCAAGACUUGUUAAAGACUUUACAACCUUUCUAGUCAAAUAUCCAGAUGAGGAAAUAGAAUUUGUGAAAGAUUUAUUGGUUGGCACCAAAACGAAUUUGAAGAAUUUGCAAGUUUUGGCAGGAACCCUGCUAGCAUACAUCAACCCACAAAAACAUCAGAAGUCUUUACAAAAUUUACUAGAAAAAUGUAGAAGUGUUUUACAAAAAUAUGACAAGGCUGUUCUGAUUCCUACAUUUCCUUGCCUAGCUUCUCGAGCAUCAACAGGUCAACAAAAUUCUGUGACAUUAACAGGAAGAUCUGAAAUAAUGGAUAAAGGAAUGAAUCUUGUGGUUCUGAAGACAUUGACAAAAGAUGAUUUUGAACAACUGAUGCUGUACAAUAAUACAGAAAGUUCAACCAUUGAUUUGGAAGUUCCUUUAUCUAAAGAUGCUCUAGCUAUUCUUUCAUCUUCUGAGCAACGAUUGGCUGUGUAUAGCAAUGAUGAAAUUACACUUAUCAAUUUAACUAAUCUGAAAAGAAAAAGCAUUCCAUUGAAAUCCUUAAAAGUAAGAAAACUGUUCUUCAACACAGACUCUAGUCUGAUUGGUUAUCUUAGUUUAGAUAAUCAAGUAAACAUACUUAAAGUCAAAGAUCUGACAAAACAUGCCACUUUUACCAUCAACGAUGGCCAAAUCUCCAAUAUCUUUUGCACAGAAGUUCCCGAUGUUAGAGCAGCUGUUGUUGGUAAGAUGCAAUCGGGUCAUGAUGGUUAUGCAAUGAUAAAACAACUCGACUCCAAAACUGCUGGUGAGAGGGUGAAGUUUAAAUCGAAUGGCAGUCCUGUGUUUAGCUCUAUACUUGAUGAAUUCCUUGUUAUUGCUGUUGAAACAAAUGUAAAUAUUUAUAAGCAUGAAACAUUAGAAUUAUCGUCACAGCUUGAAAUUAAAGCAAAAGGGGAUAUUAAUUAUAUGUUGGUAUCAGAAAUGAAGCUAAUGGCUGCCGUGUUUUGUGGCCAAUCUCAUAUAGUUAUAAUAGAUGUAUUACAAGGAACUAAAUUAUGUGAAAUAUUCCAUAAUGGCACCAUACUUACACAGGAUCUUUCUUCUGAUGGUGAAAUGCUAAUUGUUGGUGGUAACAGUGGCGAGGUAGCACUUUAUUCUGUUGCAACUGGUUUGCUAAAAAGCGAUUUGGCUAUGGGAAGAGGUCCUCUUAAGUACGUUGGUCUGUUGGAGGAUUGUAUUGCUUUAGCAGAUUUAGAGGAUAGGGUGUCUUUUUUAAGUUUUUCUCACAUCAAAAGCCAAAACACUAAUAAGACAAAUGUUGAAGUUACAGAUGAUCUUUUGAAUCAAACAAAUAUUGUCUCCAUGGCUCUAGCUAAUUGUGGUCAAGUAGUUCUUACCAGCCAUGAAGAUGGUUGGUUAAAAUUAUGGAAUUUAUCAGAUGCUUCGUUUCUUGGAACCUAUGAUAAGAGUGCUAGAUUUGAUCAAAUGCUUCUUGACAAUACUGAUGUUGUUUUAGCCCUGGACCAAUCCCAAAAAGCAUUGCAAGUCUUCACUCUUGGAACAGGCGAAGAUCAAUUUAAGGGUGAUAUUCCAGAUAAUGUGAUUGCUAUGGCUAUGAAUGAGGCCAGAACCAAAGCUUUUCUGGUUGGCAGAGAUGAAAAAUCCACAAUUCACAUCAUAGAUCUGAAGAUACUGAAAGUAGUAUACUCCUUGGAUAUAAAGAAAAUGCAUGAUUUUGUUAGUCUGAAAAUAUUUGUUAGUGCAUCAGAAAGAUAUCUCGUACUCUUGGCAGAAGUGACAAAAAAAGAUUUGGAGGCUAUAAAAAUCAUGUGGAAGAAGGGAGCAAAUCAUGCGCCACAACCCCAUCCUUACCGUCUGUCUGCCAUUGAUAUCACAACAUCAUCAGGUGCCAUGUUGCACUGUUAUCGUCGCCUAACUAAAAUACCAUCUCUUUGUGAAAAUGCGUGCGCCUAUCAAGGUAAUACUGUUAUUUUUGCUGCCAGACGUCAUGCUAUAUACUGGGACUUACCAACAGGUAAAUGCGAUCAACAAAUGUCUAAAGGUACAAAACAUGUGAUGAUAUACCGCCCUGAAUGGACAGGUGACGGUAAGUGUAAAGGUCAUAACACAUGUUUCCAACAUGCACCUAAUAAAAAGUAUACAGUCGUUGGUUCGCAUGAUGGAUAUGUCAUCAAUUAUAAUUUUGAUUCUGGGUUACCAUUGGAAAUGAAAGCACCACCUACCAAUCAUUCUACUGAGGUAUCACAUGUUGGUAUAUCACCAGACAGUAAAUGGGUGACAUCUGCUUGUUUAAAUGGUGUUAUUAAACUUUGGUCUCCAGUAACUGGUUUGGAAAUCUUUUCACUCAAUGUCAAAAAUAAGAUACAUCAGUUAUUCAUAUCAGCCAAUUCCAAAUAUUUAGUAUUAAAAACUGCUGGUGACCAAUCUCGCAUUCUUAUCUUUAAACUCCAUUCUUUGUAGUUUUACAUUUUAAUUGGUCAGACAGUUUUUAAUGUCUUAAAGGAGGUAAAUCGCUAAUAUUUGGGACCUAGAAAUUGACACAAAUCGGUCGCAACGUAUAUAAUGUAAUAUGAAUGUAAAUAAACUGAUUUACAUUCAA